CUCGCCCCACUGCCUGCGCCUUGCCCAGUUCUUAUUCGAAUUUCGCAUUUUUCCUUUUUUUUUUUUUUUUCAAUUUUAACCAAUAAUUCUGAUGCGAUUCCAAUUCCAAGCGAUCAGAAACCGAGGAUUUACAUUGAAAUUGCAGCGAUCAAAGCCCCAAAUUUGGGUUUCCGACCAGUACUGUUGAUUGCAGCUAUUUCAUUAUCUUUCAUAUACAUUUGCAUGUAGUUCGAGAGAUAUACACAUUGUUUAUGUAAAAACCUUUCGUUAUGAUCAAUUACAAACUUUGGGCAAUCGUGCGUGGCUUUUUUUUUUCAAGUUUUUGAGUUAAUUAUCAAGUUGUAAGGUUUUGGAGGGCGUUAAUUGAGUUUAAAUCGGGCCUGAUGUUUAUUCUGUUGCUAAUGUCCAUUUGAUCGGUCCUCGGGUAAUGUGAAUUUUGAUCAGAAGGCCAUUCUAGGGUUUUGAGUAUUUGAAUUUCGCGGGGAUGGAUAAGAAAAAAGUUGCAGCUCCGCUCGUUUGCCACGGGCAUUCUCGCCCUGUGGUCGAUUUAUUCUACAGCCCAGUUACACCGGACGGUUUCUUCCUCAUCAGUGCCAGCAAGGAUUCCACACCUAUGCUAAGAAAUGGAGAAACUGGAGACUGGAUUGGAACCUUCGAAGGACAUAAAGGUGCAGUCUGGAGUUGCUGCCUUGAUACUAAUGCUCUACGUGCUGCAUCUGGAUCUGCUGAUUUUACUGCGAAAUUGUGGGAUGCAUUAACUGGAGAUGAAUUGCACUCUUUUGAGCACAAGCAUAUUGUUCGGGCUUGUGCUUUCUCCCAGGAUACUGUCCUCCUCCUCACUGGUGGUGUUGAAAAAAUACUUCGCAUCUUUGACCUAAAUAGACCAGAUGCACCUCCAAGGGAAGCUGAUAGUUCUCCUGGUUCUGUAAGAACUGUUGCAUGGCUCCAUGGUGAUCAGACUAUCUUAAGUUCAUGCACUGAUAUUGGUGGUGUGAGGUUAUGGGACUUGAGAAGUGGCAAGAUUGUUCUUACUCUUGAGACUAAUUCUCCUGUAACCAGUGCUGAGGUGAGUCAGGAUGGCCGCUAUAUAACUACUGCAGAUGGGGCUACAGUUAAAUUUUGGGAUGCAAAUCAUUUUGGAUUGUUGAAGAGCUAUGACAUGUCUUACAAUGUAGAAUCGGCUUCAUUGGAGCCAAAGCUUGGUAAUAAGUUCAUUGCUGGAGGAGAAGACAUGUGGGUUCAUGUUUUUGAUUUCCAUACUGGUGAAGAGAUUGGGUGCAACAAGGGUCACCACGGUCCUGUGCACUGCGUGCGUUUCUCACCCGGGGGGGAGUCCUAUGCCUCGGGAUCAGAAGAUGGAACUAUCAGGAUAUGGCAGACCGGUCCAUCCCAUCACGACAGCAGCCAGAACGAGGCAUCUUCAAAUGGUCCAGUAGAGAAGUUGAAGGUUGCAGCAGCCGAUGACUGAGCCAAUAAUGUUACAGAUGGUUUAGCUUCUGCCUCAUUGAGCAUAGGUGUGUGGGCUGACUUUCUGCUUGGAGUUGCUUCAUUCUAGUUAAAGAUAUCUACCUGUUCCUUUUUUUGGCUCCCUUCUACCUGCUUCUUUUGACUGUGUUUCUGGGAAUCGUUAAACAUCAAGCCCAUUAUAUGCAGAGUUCCAGAGUUUUCACCA